AUGAGGUCAGGACUAGCAGUUAGUAUGCAAAAUACAAGUUUAUUUGCGUCAGGGCUUACCGACACAGAAGUAGACACUGUCCAGGCAUCAACAGGCAUGGCGCUUGGUCACCUCCCCUUCAGAUACUUGGGAGUUUCCCUCGACUCAAGGAAGAUCUCCCUCGCAAACUGUGAACCAUUGAUCCAACAGGUGAAAGGCCGGUUCAACAACUGGUCUGUAAAAUCUCUCUCUUUUGCAGCAAGGUUACUUCUCAUCAAGACAGUCAUCUCUGGCAUCACAAACUUUUGGUGCUCCGCUUUCAUACUUCCCAAGGCCUGUAUUGUGAGGAUCAACUCUCUAUGCAGCAUCUUCUUGUGGAAAGGGAACCUUGAAGGACAUAACUCGGCGCGGGCCUCAUGGGAAACGAUCGUCUUAACCAAAAGACAAGGAUGCUUGGGGGUGAAAGACAUGAAAACUUGGAACAAAGCUUGCUGUCUCCGUCUACUCUGGAUGUUGUUCUUCCGACAAGACUCGGUCUGGGCGACAUGGUUCAAAGAAGUCAUACUCAAAGGCUCGAUCCACAACUAUUGGACCACUACUCCGAAGCAAUCAUACUCAUGGUUCACAAACAAACUACUGAAGCUCAAAGAUUCUGUCUUUCCACUAAUAAAGCUCCGGCUUGAAAUUGGAAACACAACUCGAUUCUGGUUUGAAAAUUGGACGCCUUUUGGAAGUCUCUAUGAUUAUUUGCGAGGCUGUGGCACACGUCUGGGGAUCCCUUUAACUGCUGUUGUCUCCUCUCUACACUCUGAUGGCGCAUGGCGACUCCUUCCAACGAGAACUGAUCGCCAUCUUCAGCUACAUUGCUUCCUGACAACUGUUCAGCUCACAACAAAUGAAGAUAACUAUGAGUGGAAGAUCGAUGGUAGGACCACAACUAAACUCAGAACUGGAGAGGUAUACACUUACCUUUCUAAAGAGAGACAAGAUGUACUAUGGCACAAAGCCGUCUGGACUUCGCGAGGGAUCCCACGCCAUAACUUCCACACAUGGCUUGUUGUACUAGACACACUACCGACCAAAGAUAGACUCAUCAGAUGGGGAAUUCAGGUUGACCACCGAUGCCUCCUCUGCAACUCCUCACCGGAAUCGCGUGAUUACAUAUUUGGGGAAUGCAACUUCUACCGCCAACUAUGGAGUCUGGCCGCAAGGAGGAUACCGAUAGCUCCCUCAUCAAGCUGUCUUCAAACACUGGAUCAGAUGACUUCACUACCUCCUUCGAACUCAUCUCGCCUCCUCAGACUUCUAGUUUGGCAAUCGACACUCCACUGGACCUGGAAUGAGAGAAACUCCAGAGUGCAUGCAAACGCCUUUCGCUCGGUAGAUUCUCUCUUCCUCUAG